AUGGGGUGCCCGCCGAAGUUCACCAUUCUACAGCCAAAGCCAGUACCCCCUGGUAGUAAGGUCUUCGAGGUCAAACGUGCGGCUGUACUGGAAGCUUUUCAGGACAAAGUACCUGUCGCUUACUACUUACCAAAGGAACUUCUCGACAAUAUUGCCUGCGACGUCACAGACAUCCCCGCCAAAUGUGGCAUCCUCACGGCUGAAGAGAUUGCCAUCACCGAAGACUAUGACACAGUCGGUCUUGCCGCGGCCAUUGCCGCGCGCAAGCUCACAGCUGUCGCGGUUGCGGUGGCCUUUGCGAAACGCGCAAUCAUCGCUCACCAGUUGACAUGCUGCCUGACGCAGUGGUUCAUGGAAGAGGCUGUGGCUCAGGCGCAGCAGCUGGACACAUACUUGGCAGAACAUGGCAAGCCAGUCGGCCCUUUACACGGCGUGCCCGUGAGCAUCAAGGAGCACAUUCCUAUCGCAGGUGUCUCAUCUUCAAGUGGAUGUCUGGCGUCCAUCGUCCUCGACAAGACUGAUAGCCAGCUGGUCGGAAUUCUGCGCCGCCUUGGUGCUGUUUUCUACUGCAAGACUAAUCAGCCCCAGUCACUAAUGCACCUCGAGACUGACUCUUUUUGGGGCCGGACUACCAACCCGUUCAACAUCCAUCUCUCAGCUGGAGGCUCCACGGGGGGCGAGGCGGCGCUCAUUGCCAUGAAAGGGUCCGUCGUUGGUGUGGGGACAGAUAUCGGUGGGAGCAUCCGAGGACCGGCAGCGUUUUGUGGCAUCUAUGGCUUCAAGCCUACAUCGAACACCCUGCCCAUGCAAGGCUUCAUUCCAAGUCCCUUCCCCGCCGAGCUCAACAUUCUGGGUUCUACUGGCCCGAUGUGCCGUAGUCUCCGAGAUAUGGACUUCUUCAUGAGUAGCGUUCUAGCGGACAAGCCACAUCUCUUGGAUCCCAGGCUUGUACCAAUCCCGUGGACCGGCUUACAGACAAGCUCGACUAAGAUUCUCAAGAUCGGGAUAGUCGAGAACGAUGGCUUCGUGGAGCCACAACCUCCAGUCAAACGCGCCAUUGCCUGGGCACGUGAGCUUCUGAUGGAUGCCCGUCAUACAGGCGCUAUUAGUAUCAAGUCUUUCAAGAUAUCUGGUGCAGCAGAGGUCUGGCGCAAGGCCAGACGGAUGUACUGGCCUGACGGCGGCUCAGGUUGUCGCGACGCGAUCCUCUCGGGCGGCGAGCCACUCCAUCCCUUGAGCGAGUGGAUCUGGAAAGACGCCGAACCCUUCGGCAUGCUUACAGCUGCCGAUGUCAGCAAUAUGCGAGGUGACCGCGAUAAUUAUCGUCUUGAGUUUGCCCGUGCGUGGCAAGAGCAGGAUAUCGAUGUUCUCAUUUGCCCAGCCUACGUGGGACCCGCCUGUGCUCAUGAUACAGCCUUCACAUGGACAUACACAUCACUCUACAACUUUGUAGACUAUCCUGCAGUCGUUUUUCCUACACCGAUUGUGACAGAAGUCGGGGAGCAGUACGAUCCUUCAUACCAGCCUUUGAGUGAAGCCUGCGAACAGGUAAAGCAGCUUUGGGAGGAAACUGAUUUCCGAGGAGCGCCAGUAAACCUGCAGCUGGUAGCACGCAAAUACCACGACAAUGAGCUUUUUGGGACCCUCAGCAGACUCAAGGAUAUUCUGGGCUUGAACUAG